CGCACCCAGAAAAAACCUCAUCGUACAGUCGUACUCCAUCCGAGAUUCCGAGUCUCAAAACUCUCAAAGGUGCGCUCACACCGCUUGGCUGCGACAUUGAAAGUUUGAAACUAUAAGGGGCAUUUCAAUCAGUUUCAACCGGGGGUAUUUCAUGAAUGAAGGAUCCGAUAACGCAUGUGGAACCCAACCCAGUAAUGCAACUAAUAGAAAACGAUCCUUACAUGAAAGUUAUAAAGUCUUCAGGAAUUGUAACUCUUCUGCAAUGGCCAAGAGUGAAGUGCAGGAUACUGUCUCUGAAGAAAAUCCAUCAAUCGGCACUCCCUUUGCAGGAAUUGAACAAACAGGAAUGGAAACAAUCCAGCAUCCUUUGGAACUGAAUUUGGCGAGUAAAAAGAGAAAGAAAAAGAUGAAAACUCAAAAGCUGUCAGAGGAAGGGUGUUUGACUAGCACAAAUGAUAUGAGUACUAUGUCAGCACUAAGUCUAUCAGAUGUAAGAAACAGUGGAGGAAAAGUUGUUUCACUGGGUACUGAUGAAACUAGUUCCUUCUUUGCGACCAAUUCUUCACGACAUCUAUUACAUAACAAUUCUAAUAAUUUAAGCAAUGGAAACUCUUACUUGAUGACCAAGAGUGAAGUGCAAGAUACUGUCUUAGGAGGAGGCUCAACACUGUGCCUUUCCUUGGCUAGGACUGAACAGACUGGCAUGGAAACAAGCCAAAAGCUUAUGCAAGUGGAUGUGGCAUGUAGGAAGAAAAGGAAUAGGAAAAGUCAGAAGAAGAAGUCUAAGGCACUGCAAAAUAAUGGACAAGGUCCAAAGCAUCCAGAUCAAGGCUGCAUGAUUAGCACUAAUCAUACAGACGUUGUGUCAGCACUGAGUCUAUCAGAUGAAAGAAACAGUGGGGGAAAAGUUGUUUCACUGUGUACUGAUGAAACUAAAUCCUUCUCUGUGACCAAUUCUUCACGACAUCUAUUACAUAACAAUUCUAAGAACUUAAGCAAUGGAAACUCUUACUUGAUGACCAAGAGUGAAGUGCAAGAUACUGUCUUAGGAGGAGGCUCAACACUGUGCCCUUCCUUGGCUAGGACUGAACAGAUUGGCAUGGAAACAAGCCAAAAGCUUAUGCAAGUGGAUGUGGCAUGUAGGAAGAAAAGGAAUAGGAAAAGUCAGAAGAAGAAGGCUAAGGCACUGCAAAAUAACGGACAAGGUCCAAAACAUCCAGAUCAAGGGUGCAUGACUAGCACUAAUCAUACAGAUGUUGUGUCAGCACUGAGUCUAUCAGAUGGAAGAAACAGUGGAGGAAAAGUUGCUUCACUAGGUACUGAUGAAACUAGUUCCUUCUUUGUGACCAAUUCUUCACGACAUCUAUUACAUAACAAUUCUAAUAAUUUAAGCAAUGGAAACUCUUACUUGAUGACCAAGAGUGAAGUGCAAGAUACUGUCUUAGGAGGAGGCUCAGCACUGUGCCCUUCCUUGGCUAGGACUGAACAGACUGGCAUGGAAACAAGCCAAAAUCUUAUGCAAGUGGAUGUGACACGUAGGAAGAAAAGGAAUAGGAAAAGUCGGAAGAAGAAGGCUAAGGCACUGCAAUAUAACGGACAAGGUCCAAAGCAUCCAGAUCAAGGCUGCAUGACUAGUUCUAAUCAUGCAGAUGUUGUGUCAACACUGAUUCUAUCAGAUGAAAGAAAUGGUGAAAAAGUUGUUUCAUUGGGUACUGAUGAAACUAAUUCUUUAUGGGCAACCAAUUAUUCACAAAGUCUGUCACAUGGCAAUUAUAAGGUCUUCAGCAAUGCUACUUCUUCUUCAGUGGCCCAGAGUGAAGUGCAAGGUACCGUCCUAGGAGUAGAUAUAACGCUCCACCCUUCACUUGCUAGAAUUGAACAAACAGGCAUGGAAACAGCCAAAAAUCCUGUGGAAGUGAAUGUGUCGAGUAAAAAGAAAUCAAGAAGUCUGAAGAAGAAACCUAAGGCACUGCAAAUUAGCAGACAAAUUGAAAAGCUACCAGAGGAAGUUUGUGUAACAAAAAAUAUGAAUGCCAUGUCCACACAAAGUCAUCAGACGAAUAUUAUGUCAGCAACGUGUCCCUUGGAUGCAAGAAUAGAAAAAUCUAUUUCAUUGGGUCCUGAUGCAACCAAUUCUUUUCCAAGUCUGUCACAUGAGAAUCAAAAAGUCUUCACGAAUGCUAAUUCGUUUUCAAUGAGCAAGAGUGAAGUAAAGGAUAUUAUUCUAGGAGUGGGUUCAACAGUGUGCCCUUCUUUUUCUAGGAUUGAAGAGGUGGGCAAAGAAACAACCCAAAAUUCUGUGCACGUGAUUCCAGCUAGUAAAAAGAAGAAAAAAAAGAGAAGUUGGAAGAAGUCUGACGCACUGCAAAAUAGUAGUGAAGCUCAAACGCUCCCGGAGGAAAGUUGCCCAUCUAUUAGGAAUCAUAUGAAUAUUAUAUCAACUCUAACUCCAUCAGAUGAGAGAAAUAACUGCUCAGAGAUUUCUCAUAUUCCUCUUUUGCGAGCACCAAUUGGUCAUCUGAGGAAGAAGCUUCUUAUUCUUGAUAUAAACGGUCUGCUUGCGGAUAUAGUUCGUCCACCUCCAAAGAAAUGCAAAUCAGACAUAAACAUUGCAGGACGGGCAAUUUUCAAGAGGCCCUUCUAUCUUGAUUUCCUGACGUUCUGCUUUGAGAGAUUUGAAGUUGGUGUGUGGUCCUCAAGAUCCAAGAAAAAUGUGGAAAAAGUGAUUGACUAUUUGAUGGGAGAUAUGAAAUACAAGCUGCUACUUUGUUGGGAUCAAUCUCACUGCACCGCUACAAAGUUCAGGACUCUCGAAGACAGGCAUAAGCCUAUUGUUUUUAAGGAGCUGAGGAGAAUAUGGGAAAAACACGACCCUAAUCUCCCAUGGGAGAAAGGAGACUAUAACGAGUCAAAUACAUUGUUGUUGGAUGAUUCCCCGUAUAAAGCCUUGGUUAAUCCUCUUCACACUGCAAUAUUCCCUUAUUCAUACACGUUUCGGAAAAAGAGGGAUAAGUCAUUAGGUGCUGGUGGUGAUCUAAGGGUUUAUCUAGAGGGCUUAGCUGUGGCUGGAAACACCAAGAAGUAUGUAGAGAAGAACCCAUUUGGUCAAAGUCCUAUCACUCAAAGAAGUAAAUCUUGGGACUUUUACCAGACGGUUAUCAGAUCAUUGGAAUCCUUACCAACGACCGUAUAACGUUUCUCCGUCUUGCCUUUAGUAUGCAUUGCUUAUGUUUGGUGCUAAUGCUAAAAUUUUCUAAUUGCCAAUUUUGGGAUCGCAUGUAUCGUGCUUUCAUUAUUUUGUGGAACACCCUUCCAUGACAUCGGUGACCAAGUAGAGCUGGUGAAUCGAUGAUUCAUAAAAAUUACAUUCUUUGUUUAGUGUAAUGAUUUCGUUGAAUGUUGUAAUUUUCUUUUUUACAAACUGGUUAUUAUAAGCAUGUUUGAAUUGCCUUCAAAGAGAGCCACUCCUGUUUCGGGAAAUCAUUAUUAGAUCCAUUGUUGCUUUGUUUGGAUUAUAAAAAGGGA